AUGGCUCCCGCUGUCGCCCGUGGUCGCAAGGCCCAGAAGGUCACCCAGAAGUUCGUCAUCAACGCUUCUCAGCCCGCCAACGACAAGAUCUUCGAUGUCUCGGCUUUCGAGAAGUUCCUCCACGACCGCAUCAAGGUUGAGGGCCGCGUCGGAAACCUCGGCGACAAGGUCGUCAUCUCCCAGGUUGGCGAUGGCAAGGUUGAGGUUGUCGCUCACAUCCCCUUCUCUGGUCGCUACCUCAAGUACCUGACCAAGAAGUACCUCAAGAAGCAGCAGCUCCGUGACUGGCUGCGCGUCGUCUCGACCUCCAAGGGCGUUUACGAGCUCCGCUUCUACAACGUCGCCUCUGAGGAGGCCGAUGAGGAUGAGGAGUAA